AUGGCUUCAACAUAUUCAGAGGAUAUCAAGCAAGCGAUAAUUCAAGAUGGCUUUUGGACAUUGGAGGAUGCAACCGUCGGCAGACACAUGGAUGAAAUCGUCCGUGACGACUUCCGGAUCCAGACCGCCAAAGGAAUGAGUCUGUGCAAGGUGGCUGCUCUGGAUAACUUGCUUGUUCGGCCAGUUCUCGAGUCGUUCUUCGACCGUUCAAUACUCGCAUUUUACAGAAAGUUUGGAAGGACGAAGGGAACACAUUUCAUUUUACCCGCUCCUCAGCUAAGAAUUCUUGUGGUUCUUGUCUGGUCAAGUGGCUCACGGAUGAUCUUGCACGCUGGUUCUCAUCGCCACGACCUCCCCGCAACGAUGGGGGGGAAUGGAUUUUUCGCGAUCACUGAUGACGCGCUCCCAAUACCUGGGAUAAAGGCUAGGUCGGUGGAGAUGAAGGAAGGUGGACUGGCCAUUGUACACUCGCGAACUAGCUGGAAAAUCGAAGAAGGGAAGCUCAUCAUGCUUGGCUUCAUGAUUCCGGAUGAGGUUCCGCAUUGGAAGGAGAUGCCCAUCCCGGUAGAUUUGAAAGAUAUAGUAAUGGAGAUGGCUAGCGACACAAUUGGCAUAAAUGCUGUCUUUUUUGAUCCGGCCGAUGGAAAUGAGAUACUUCAAGAGGAGGGACAAAGGUAG